CAUUAAUGACAAAUCCACAUACUAUAAGGACUAACACUGCAAAUUAAUAACCGCCAACGGUUGCUAUCAUACGCCACACACAGUGUUGUAACUAACUAUGCCACUUUCACUCUCUCUCAUCACCAUCCUCUCUCUCCUCCUUUCCACCGCUACCGCCACCACACUCGGCGUCACCUACACCGCCACCUCCGACGCACCACCACCGGAACAACUCAUCGCCACCUUCCUCUCUCUCAAAAUCACCGCCGUACGCCUCCCAAACCCUAACCCUAACCUCAUCCGCGCCUUCACCUACACCAACAUCUCCCUCUUCCUCACCAUACCUAACUCCGUCAUCCCCGCCAUCUCCGGCAACCGCUCCGCCGCUGACCUCUGGCUUUUCGCACACGUCAUCCCGUUCUAUCCUCGCGCUCGCAUCACCGCCAUCUCCGUCGGAACUGAUGUUUUCUCUCAAGGUGACGUCACUGUUACCGAUCUUCUCGUUCCGGCGGUUCGCAACGUUAAACUCUCACUCACCGACAUUGGAAUUACAGAAAUCACUGUUUCAACCACGCUGUCGUUUGUUAACGUGAUAACGACGUCGUUUCCGCCUUCUUCCGCUCGGUUUCUAGAGCCUGUUAACACUUUAGUUAUCAGACCGUUACUAGAUCUGUUAGCCGAAACAAAUUCAUCAUUCUUCGUGAGUUUAGAUUCAUACUCUGUUUACAAAUUACGUCCGGAGAUUCCGAUCGGUUUCGCUCUGUUUCAACAGCACGCAUUUAACUUCCGUGAGGAUACCGUCACCGGAGUUAGGUACCGGAACCUGUUUGAUAUAAUGUUAGAUGCGGUCAUUGUGGCGAUGGCGGUGGCCGGACACGAGAAUAUUCCGGUGGUGGUGGCGGAGACAGGAUGGCCGUGUUAUGAUUCGAAUAAUGAAGUUGAGGCGCGUGAAGUUUACGCGAAAAUGUACUUGCAAGGUUUGGUUAAUCAUGUACGGUCCGGGAAAGGGACGCCGUUGAAGCGAGAAGGUGCGACGGAGGUUUAUGUUUACGAGUUGUUCGAUAGGAAUGAUACUGGAAGUGAGAGUUUGGGGUGGCAGAAUUGGGGGUUUUGUUAUUUGAAUAUGAGUUUGAAGUUUGAUAUUGAUUUCAGCAAUGGUGGUGGGUCAAUGUUAAUGGAAGAAGGUGUUAAAAUGGUUACCAUGUGCCUAAUGAUACUGGUAUUGUAUACUUUUUAGUUCUUUAUUCCUGGUAGUGUAAAUAGGUUUUGAUGCACAUAAACAGGAAUAGAUAAUGAGGCUGAUGGUAGUAUAUUUUACCCAUUUUUACACUAAAAGUAGUUCUCAGUUUAGACACUGUUGACUUUUUUCACUUUUGACUACUACAUGUUGACUUAUUUUGACUCAUAAAUUUGAUUCCUUUGAUACCA